UCAGCCUGGAUGUACCGUGCUUCCUGGAGAUCAUCCAACUCUCGUCUAUCUUUUACCUGUGUAACCCCCGGCACUUUCAAAUUCUUCAUAUACACCUAGGCGGCCUCCGUCGUCUUUGUGGUCUCAAACUGCCUAGUUCGAAAAUAUGAUUCCCAGGGCCCCUCUACCACUAUUCUCUCUGUUCUGUUUAGCCUGUUUAUAACUGACUUACGGUAGCAUUGAUGGCCGUACCUUGUAUCACAGGACCCUCCAUAUGUCGCCAAGAUCGGUCUCGGAAUUCCUGGUGACAGCUACGAAAUCAUAGCGAAGCGAUUACCGGCUGUCGGUCCUUGAUUCCUCCUCGUAAAGGCACGUACGAGCGGCUCACAUAUACGCCCUGAAAGUUACAUGACUCUCCGGACAUAAAAGCCGUCCGAGAAGCUUGAUGAGGUACUGCAGAACUCUUUUUCUCUGCUGUGGUCUCUCAUACUGUUUUCUUCGUUCGACGACUGCCAUUACGGACCUUAUGAAGCUCAUGAUUAACGCUCAGCCGUGGCUUUAUGCUGCGUUAUGUUUUCUGUUGCACAGUUCCUCGAAUGCAAAGGUUCUCUCUUCUCCCGCCGAGUUGACAGUCCGCGAAUACGACUUCAUUGUCGUCGGAGGCGGAACUGCUGGUAGCGUUGUUGCCAGUAGGCUCUCGGAGGAUCCGCAGGUCGCUGUUCUUCUGAUUGAAGCGGGUGGCAGUCACGAAGGCUUGUUGAAUCUCGAAGCCCCCUUCCUCGGUGUUACAUUGCCCAACACGGCUGUGGACUGGAACUACACAGCCGUUCCACAAGUUGGUCUUAACAACCGCACAUUCCAUUAUACGAGAGGAUACGUAUUGGGCGGCAGCAGUAGCGUGAAUCUAUUAACUUGGAAUCGCGGUUCGAAUGAUUUAUGGGAUCGUUGGGCAACACUCACUGGUGAUGAUGGGUGGUCGUGGAAUCAAGUGGAGAAGUAUUAUUUGAAGACCUCUCGUCUGGUACCAUCCGCUGAUGGACAUGACACUAUUGGCCAAGUUGAUCCUUCGGUUCAUGGAUACGGACCCGUGCAGGUUAGCGUCCCAGGUUUCGAGCUUCCGACAGAUUCCAUCACAGAAACAGCAAGCAGAGAAUUGGGUGGUCGGUUUGCGUUCAACGUCGACUUCAAUUCUGGUAACUUUGUUGGCACUGGGUACAUGCAGUCAACUGUUGGCGGCGGUGAACGCAGCAGCGCGGCUACUGCGUAUUUACCUCCACUCGUGCAAUCUAGGACGAACUUGGACAUCCUAUUGAAUACAAGGGCAACGAAGUUGGUCAAGUCUGGAAGUUCGAAGUUGGGACCUAUUUUCCAAACUGUGGAGAUCGCGAGUUCACCGACAGAUAAGCGAAUUCUCGUCAGUGCGAAGAAAGAGGUGAUCGUCUCGGCUGGUGCCUUCGCUACACCUCAGCUUCUCUUGCUCUCUGGUAUCGGUCCCGCAAACGACCUCAAGUCCGUGUCGAUCACACCUAUAGUCGAUCUUCCGGAUGUUGGACAAUACUUGCUCGACCAUGCCUUGCUUCCCAACUACUUCUCAGUGUCGACGAACGGUACCUGGGAUGAUCUUCUGCGAAACCCUGCCGUCUUCAAUGCUACUUUAGAAGAAUGGAUAGAGAAUCGUCAGGGACUGUUCGUUGAUAGUCCUGGAAACACCUUAUCGUAUUUGAGGUUACCGGAGAACUCGCCGGCCUUCAACGAUACACCCGACCCAGCUUCAGGCCCGCUUUCGCCUCAUACAGAAUUUAUCGUCGUCGAUGGAUUUGCAGCGUUUGGUCCUGUCCCUCAACCUGCUACAGGCAAUUACAUAACUAUUCUUACUGCCGUCGUGUCGACUACAUCUAGUGGUGCUGUGACUCUUGCCUCUUCUGACCCCUUCGACCUACCACUCAUCGACCCAAGGUUGCUCACGACAUCGUUUGAUAUCGAGGCCAUGAUCCAAACAAUGAAGGACGCGCAGACCUUCCUCCAAGCGUCACCAUGGCAGAAAGCUUAUCGCCCAGUACCUUUCGGCGACCUCGCCACAGCCACCACUGACGAGUUGAAAGCCCAGUAUGCUCGCCAGAAUACUUUCACGGAGAGUCAUCCUUCAGGUACUGCUCGUAUGUCUCCUGAUCAGGCAGAUUGGGGUGUUGUGGACUCCAAACUUCGCCUUAAGGGUGCUCAAGGUGUUCGAGUCGUAGAUGCAUCCGUCUUCCCUGCCAUCCCAGAGUGCCAUAUCCAGGCGCCCAUCUAUGUGAUUGCGGAACGAGCUUCUGACUUGAUUAAGUCGGCAUAUGGACUUCUUUAAGGGGGUACAUAUGUGGUCUUCACGUCUACGCCCAUCCUUCAAACUUGUAUGUUCCUCUUGUGGUGUCCUUCGUACAGUAUUGACCAUGUGCAUCGUAUUCUAGAACGACUUUGAGAAAUACUCAGACAUGAGCUCUUAUAGAGCCUAAGCGACUGGUCUGUACCUGUCUAGCUUACAUUGUACCAGUAUCAGUAGUUGUAUUCUAAAGGCAAAUGAUUGGAAAUGAAUUGCGUAUCGAAAUGCGAAGGCGUGAGCUGCUCAAAAGCUGUCGUACUCCAAUAGUCAGGCGGGUCGUAGUCGAAGCGGUCGUUGGCAUGCAGUCUCACGCGGCCUGAGUAUUUCUCGGACGUACUUGACCUCACUUAGCUGCCAAACGCUAGCGUUCGCGCUUAGUCUCCU